UGCAAUUAGUCAACCAUUUUUUUCAAGCUGGAAAAUAAUCAUCACAUUCGGACGAAAGUUUAAUUUAAUUAGAGUUGAAAUGUGCAACUGCGAAUCUUGUGAAGAGUUUGUCGCAUGUAUAAGAAUCGGUCGAAAGUAGCGAUAAGUGAGUAACUUAAACAAAAGAGGAAGAUAUCGUCAUAAUCAAACAGCUGCUUUUUCACUGAUUCGGCCGAAUAUGCUGCCUGCGAGCCUCAAACCCUCGAGCACCGCCAAGAGAAAUAAUAUUUGUGACGUCUCGCCAUAUGAAAAAUUAGUCGAUAUAUUGUUCUUGCCCAGCGGGAAACUACCGAUGCGAGCAUCAGUUUGCUGGUUUGUUUCACAUUUACAGCAAGAAAGAGCUGGAGUUGACACACAGUCGACAGUCACAGAUGUCAAACAAGAGUGGGGCAAAGCCGCUAGAGCUCAAACUGAAAAUUUGUAUGAACCAAUACCAUUGAAUAAAAUAUGCAAUCAGCGACAGUCAUGUCACUCGGCCACUAUUUCUGAUGAACUGUGUGAUGAUCUCUUCCAACUUUUCAUAACAGAACUUCCUGAUUCGGCGUUGGCAAAAUCAGUCAGAGGCAGAAAUGUUUGGAUCAAAAAUUCUUCAAACAGUAAGGAAACUGAGUUCAGUACGAUUGCAUCGAUUGCUACAUCGGUUUAUCCACCAUUACCAGCACUCAGUUUACGUCAAAGGCUAGAUGUGGAUGCGCAUGUUGACAUACGAGACGCAGAAAUAAUAGAUUUUUUUUCUGAGAACAUUGUUUGAACGCAAGACCGAGUCAAGUAAUUGGAUGUAUUACUAUGGACCUUUAACAUGCCCUCGACAUUACGAGUACUACGAAUCCAAAGUUCGUAUGUCCAGCAAUGGAAGCGUUUCAGUUUGCAUGGCAACAUAUAGCCAAUCGAAUAAUGUGUGGCAGCGAGAAAGAUCAAUACGUAUUACUGCCAGUGUUUGCUACAGUCUAUUCACAUUUCACAAAAACGAUUCAGGUGACAGAGACUGGAAUAAAAAGCUUUCUCAAAUUAUUCAUCCUUUACAACUAAGUUUACCUGCUCUUAAAUACGGUAAAGAUAACGAAGGGAAAGCAUUGGCUUGCUACAAGAGUAAAAAUCUAGGCAAAAUAGUUUUUCAAAACCGGACUCAUAGUUCUACCACAUAUUCCGUAUCUAGGCUGUUCACCAGAUGCCAUUGUUUUUGAAGAUAGAAAACUACUCGAAAUCAAGUGUCCGCUAGCAGGUAAAGAGAAGGUUGUUAAUGAUUUGAUUGCAACUUUAAAAUUCGUUGAGAAAAUCGGUGAUAAAUUUGUACUGAAAAGGAAACACGAUUUCUACGGACAGGUCCAGCUUGCAAUGUUUCUACUAGAUUUAGAAUCAACAGAUUUUGUGAUAUACAGUUCUUUGGAAGACAACUAUUUUGUUAUAGACGUGCAAUAUGAUGCGGCAUUUACUGAAGAAUUGCUCAACGCACUUGGUGCGAUAUACAGCACUCGUUCGCUAAUUGCACGCGAUUUAGUUGCACUGCGUUUUGAUUGCACGUCCGUUAGUUGCACGAAAGUGCAAUUAAAAAGCAGUUUUGCGUCAAACUACACGUGGUUUUUGAAGCUAAUGUCUCUCUGUCAAGUUUUGCGAGGGGAUACUGAAUGCGCGAAAUAUUUAAUUAACUGAAAAUAAAUUCAAUAUUUUUAAUUUUGUUAUUUUAGAUUCCGGUUGUAUGUACUAAAUAACAAAUAUACAUAAUCAAAUUGCACGUUUGCCCAAUUUGUUCUCAAUUAUAGUCGAUCUAAUUAAUUUCAAUUUGAUCACUUGUGUCGAAUCCUCACUGAAAUGUCGCAUUAAGCUGUCCACACACUGAACAGCUUCUGAAAACGUGGGAUUCUCUGAAAUACAGUAAUGUUCGUUACACUCCAACGAAGUUGCAAUGCAUGAAAAAAUCUGACUGGUUCGAAAUUGGUUCGUAAACGGAUACACGAAAACCAAACAUUAGCGCACCCCCUAAAAAUUUUUGACAGUUUUGAGUUCAUGCAAUUAAAAAGCCUAUCCGCUAGUUGCACUGCAACUUUCGUGCAAUUAGCGCACGAGUGCUGUACUUUAAUCGAUUUCUCCCAAUUAUCAAAUUAACUACUCCUGCUAUAAUAACCAUUAUAUCAUCUAGUAAAUGUAAAAUUGCUAAAUCAACCUUUUCAGUCAAAAUUUCAAAAUUUUUCAUCCGUUGGAUUCCUCGUUCUACGUGAACACGUGCGCCAGCAAUUGACACAUUGUCACGAGCUUCUCUAAUAUUGAACUGUUCAUUUAUUAAAGUCGGAGGACGCACUAGUUCUAAAUCACGUUGUUCGAGCUCCUUUUUGAUAGCAAAGCCUUUAUCAACCAUCACAGCAUCAUGCUUGUCGAACAAAGAUAUCAUGUCACUAGCGUUGAAAAUGAAUUUGUCCGAUGCUUUCCCAACAUAUCCUUGGCUUACAUAGUUGAGGCAUCCACCAGGGGUAACCGAUACAAGAUAUUUAGCAGUUUCGCGACCUUUGUAGUGAGAGUAUGUGAGAGUCUGUGCAGUCUAAUAUAGCACGUACGUUUCUGUAUCUACUGAAAUGAUACGGUAAAUCGUUUUUUAUUAUGUCACCACUAGACCAAGGAACGGCAACUCGCAACACGUCAGCCAGAAUGGGUACAACAUCGUGAAAAUAUU